AUGUUCGCAUUCUUCUUUCAUAAUGUUCUUUCCGCAAUGCCUGUAAACUAUGCGCUUAGUUUUAAUGGUAGUGGGGUACUUUCUCUAGGAAGAUUCAAAGAACUAGACAACAUUGAAAAGUUUACGUUUCAAUUUUGGCUUUGCCCAUCACAAUGGGAGUCAGGAACCCACAUAAUUGAAAAGGGUAAUUCUUUUAGAUUUAUGCUUGGUGCUGAAAAUCAAUUGUGUUUCCAAUUUAAUCAGCGAAUCAUAAAUAUCACAUCAGCAAACUUAAGCGUUAAUAAUUGGACUCAUCUUACAAUCAUGAAUGGUGAUGGCCAAAUUAAAUUCUUGGUUAACAAUAACUUAAUUUAUAACGAAAGCCAAGUUGAAAGUCUAGUCGCAGAUGAUGAGCCAUUGUACGUUGGAUUGAACUAUACAGGACGUAUUGAUGAACUUAGAAUCUAUAAAAACACACUCUCCGGUGAUUAUGAUAAUUUCUGGCAGAAUACAUUGACAGACCUCACACAUCAAUGGAAUGAUCUACUUGGCUACUACAAGUUUGAUCAAUUCACAUGCGAAAAUAUUGUCGAUUACACUGGCAAAAACCAUGGAACAAUGUCAAUUUCAGGCGUCAGUCGCGAGGUUGUAACUGAUAAUGCAGAUUUCCAGUAUUUGUUAUCAAUUUCAUAUAUUAACUACCGUAGGUUUGGCUGGGCAAAUCUUGACGAAAAGAAGAUGCAAUUGACAAACCAUUUGUUGAUUAUCUCUGGUAAAACAGAUGCAAAUGGUAAUGCAUGGAUUGAUUUCCGUGAAAAUAAUGCUAAUUUCACGAAUGCAGAAUAUGUCAAAGAUUAUGAUGGAAGAAAUGGGCUCGUCCAUUUCAAAGGACAAGGAGCUCAAAUGGACUGUGGUGUAUAUCCAAUCGAAAAAGGCACAUUUACCUUUGGAGCUUGGUUAUAUAUCGAAGAAUGGAUUCAAGACUCCGUAAUUGUCAAGAAAUAUUUAAGUGAUGCAAAGGGAAUCAUUGUUAAACUUGGAGAUUCAACCAAAAAAUCAUUUACACUUCACAUAAACGGUAAUAAUUUUACUGUCAAGAACAAGUUGCAAGAAAAGAAGUGGACUUUCUUCGCUUUUGCUAUUAAUUCAACUGCUGACUCUAUGCUUCAUCAAGUUAUGUUUAUCGUUGAAAAGUGGUCCAUCAGGAGCAGCCUCUUCAUCAUUAACCGACUUUUCAGGAAUGACGGAUGUUCAGACAAUCAUUGGUGA